AUGGAACAACUAAGGAAGAUAUCUGUCUUCCCUGUUACUGUUGGUAUACAGUGUGGGCAGCCAUGUGUGUGGUCUCGGCGACCGGUUGUGUGUGAAAAGGUUGUCAGCUGUGCCCCUGGCUAUCACUGUGAGCCCAGACUGUACCUCCCAGCCCCUGUGUGCUGGCUGCCAUUUUGUUUCUACCCGGAGACUCCCACCCCAAAACCAGUCUGUGUGAAGACGAAAGAGACUUGUCGUCCGUCCACCACAGCGGUACCCUGUGAUACGCUUCUUGAAUGUUCAUCCGGGCAUCAUUGUGAGCCUGAAAACAUCACGCUCUCGUUCUGCUGUGACGGGAAACGUGACUGUGUGUGCAACACGAAGGUGAAUGCGACAGAGAAGAUGCGGUGUGUUCCCAACAGAAUGUGUUCAAUGUCACCCCCAGGAGCUCCUAUUGCUUGCAGCACGGUAAUGUCAUGUGACCCAGGGUACCACUGUGAACCUGCCUUGAUACCAUCACGUCCCACGUGCCUGAAAGAGCCCGGAUGUAGAUGCCCUCCGCCCGGCCCAGACGGACCCGCCCCGAAGUGUGUGGAAGAUCCACUGUGUGCUAUGAGUCCACCAGGCCAUCCUGUACCUUGCAGUGAGCUUAUCUCAUGUGACAGAGGGGAACACUGUGAACCAGCCAUGAUAGCAUCCCGCCCCUCCUGUAUAAAGAAGCCAGGAUGUAGAUGUCCUCCGCCUGGCCCACGGGGACCCACUCCGAGGUGCGUGAGGGAUCCACUGUGUGCUAUGAGUCCACCGGGUCAUCCUGUACCUUGCAGUGAGCUUAUCUCAUGUGACAGAGGGGAACACUGUGAACCAGCCAUGAUAACAUCCCGCCCCUCCUGUAUAAAGAAGCCAGGAUGUAGAUGUCCUCCGCCUGGCCCACGGGGACCCACUCCGAGGUGCGUGAGGGAUCCACUGUGUGCUAUGAGUCGACCGGGUUAUCCUGUACCUUGCAGUGAGCUUAUCUCAUGUGACAGAGGGGAACACUGUGAGCCGGCCAUGAUAACAUCCCGCCCUUCCUGUAUAAAGAGGCCCGGAUGUAGAUGCCCUCCGCCUGGCCCCCAGGGACCCAUUCCGGAGUGCGUGGAAGAUCCACUGUGUGAUAUGAGUCCGCCUGGCCAUCCCGUAUCCUGUGCUGUGAGGGUCCGCUGCCCCCCAGGACAACAUUGUGAGCCAAGGAUGUUGCUUGGGCGACGGAGUUGUAUCAGAAAACCCGGAUGUCGCUGUCCACCACCUGGGCCAGCUGGGCCAAGCCCUAGAUGCGUGGAUAAUUAGAACCACCACCUCCUCCCGCAUCAUCCAACCGCCAUACGGGCACUGAAGUUGUUGUAGUUUAGUUUCUAGUUUCGUUUUUUAAAAACGAUUCUGGCGCCAUAUAGAAGUUUAGUUUUUCGAGCGUUUUUGGUAGCGAAAAUGAGUGUUUUCUAGUUUCUGGUUGUUGGAAUCGUUCUUGAAAAACGUCAUUAAUACAUGGUGCCAGAAUCGCUUGGAAAGACGAAAUUA